CGGCGGAGGAGCAUUCACGCGGAACCGUCCAGUCUGUUCUGCUCCGCCUCAGCCCGGUUGGGUUCUUUUCUAUCGGCUUCGCUCGGUUCCGGUACCGGGGUUCGGAUGCAGGAUGUGCGCCCUGAAGGAGAGCCAGUGUUACGGACUGUCCGGCGGGAAACCAGGCGGAAACGUCUCCGUGUUUCACGUUAAACUGACUGACAGCGCGGCGCGAGCCAUCGGAACCUUUAACGGCGGAAAGGGCAGCUCCUCCCAUCCCACCAUCUGCUUCAGCGGAAACCAAGGGAGAAUCACUAUCCCUCAUUCAGACAGUACAGACGAAGUGAGAAUAUUCACCUUUGAUGUGAAAAAUAUUGCCCAAGACAAUCCACACGGAAGUUUCGAGGUUGUCCAACAGCACACCACAAGCGCUACAGAGGAGUUGUCAUGUCUCGGGGUGAUUCAGAAGAAGAUGACGGUGAACGCAACCGAUGACUCGUACGAUAAGGCGAUCCAGAGCAUGGCCCAGGCUGAGGAGGAGACGCGCAGCCGGGGGGCCAUCGUCAUCAAACAUGGAGGCCGAUACCAGGGCAAGAAGGUAACGGUGCGACCUCCGACCCCUGCUCUGGCCGGCCUGACCAAGCCCAAACCCUCGUCCCACCCCCCCCUCCUCAGCAGCAUCAGGAAAGGAGGCGUGUCCAGGCAGAAGAAGAGCGCCUUGGCGUCCAACAGGAGGAGUGUGUCCGACCUGCAGGAGAGGCCUCUGAGGGAGCGGGUCAGCCACCUCCUGGCUCUGAGGCCCUACAGGAAACCAGACAUGAUCCUGAGGCUGCAGAAGGACGGACUGAAGGCAGCGGACAAAGACCUGCUGGACUCAGUCCUGAUGGAGGUGGGGCAGCUCAACAGCAGAGACAAGGCCUUCAUUCUGAAGGACAACCUUUACAAGGAGCUGCAGAAGGACUGGCCCGGGUACACGUCAGGAGACCAGCAGCUCCUCAAACGAAUCCUUGUCAGGAGGCUUUUUCAGCCACAGCAGAACCUUCUUUCUGUCCCAGAGGCCCAGGUCAGCCCCCUGAGGGACACCCCCAACUCCUCCCCAGCCCACCACCCUAAACCCUCCCUGCCAGAGGAGUACACCGACCCUGUGGCCAAGAAAAAGACCAGGAUCUCUCACCUGUCCAGUAAAGCAGUCAGUGACAGGUUGAGCCUGAGGUGUGAUGGGCCGCAGAGCAGGACGUCACUGGACCCCAGGACGUCACUGGACCCCAGGACGCCACUGGACCCCAGGACUCUGUCGGACUCGUUAUCAGAGGUGUGUCAGCAGGAGGUGCAGGCCGCUACGAGGCUGGAGCCACCUCCGUCUGCACAGGAGGAGCCUGAAGGGGGGGCCCCUGAGCGACCCCCGCCCCCUCUGGUCGUACCGGCCCUGAACACACACACCAUCAGCAGGAAGAAAAGGAAACACAAAGAGCAGGAGAAAGACCGGUGGCGAGACAAGAGGGAACGCAGAAAAGAUCCCAGUUCAUACAGGACCAACAACAAAGUGUCAUCAGAUGGCACAGAGUCUAAUGACAUUUUAUUUGACUCCAAUAUUCUCCAAGCAGACAACGAUGCAGCAGAUUAUUUAACGAAGUACACAGUGAUCUCCAACCACGCCCAGAGGCAGAGCUACAAGAUGGACUUUAACAAAGAGUACAGCGAAUACAGAGACUUACACGCUCGCAUCGACGGCACCACGCAGCAGUUCAUGAAGCUGGACUCGCAGCUCAAACAGCAGCACCGCCAGUCCCAUAAAUACAAGACGGUUCAUAACCAGAUUGUACAAGAGUAUCGCAAAAUUAAAAAGUCCAAUCCCAACUACAGCCAGGACAAAAUCCGCUGUGAAUAUCUCCACAACAAACUGGCUCACAUCAAGAAGCUCAUAUCUGAGUACGACCAGCAGCAGCUGCACUCUGGUCCAAACUGAGGACAACCGAACCAGUGACUGACACAGACCUGGAAGGAAGUCCCACCCAACCCAGGGUCACUUUACGCUGCAUCGAGCUGGACUCUGCGGUGGUCUGAGCGAAGGCGUCAGAUACUGAAGGAGCAGCGGCGGUCGACCGGGCGGAGAUCUGAAGGCCUUCAGCGGAUCGUCUGAAGGCCCACAUCCAGAGCACCGCUGGUUUUCAGGACGGACUCAUGAUGAAACCUGAACCACAUGAAGGGCAGAUGUUACGUCCAUUAGACACCUGAGGCGUCCGUUUGGCUGUUUGGUAUGAGCCAAACUGUCACUGUUCACAUCUGAAACUGGAGGCAUGGGAUACGUGCACGUUCUGGUACCAAGAACCAGGGUUUUCCUCCUCCAGGGUUUGUUCUAAACCAGGGCUGUCAGACUCAUUUUAGUUCAGUUCCACAUUCAUCUUAAUUUGAUCUGCUGUGGGCCGAACCAGUCCAAUAAUGUGAUGUGAUUUUAAUGUGAUUUAGUGAUUUAUUCUGAACAUGCAAUGAAAUUUAACAUAUAUGCACUAGCAAAACAUACAUAAUAAUACAAACAUCAAGAAUCAUAACAACCUUAGACAGAAGAACAGCACAAUAGUUCCAUUUACAUUUACCCGAAAAGGGGUGGGAAGAAAUGCAACUUAUUUAAUCCCACGCCCUGUUCCUACAAUAUUAUUAAGAAUAUAUGUCCGUCUUCCUUUUACAUUACUCUAUAUUUAUGUAUCUAUUCACACACACACACUCAUUCAUCCAUAUACACAUACAUACAUUUAUACAUAUACACACAUACAAAUACACAUAUAUUCUUUUACCA